AGGAGAAGAUGUCGUGGAAGACAGUGCUGCUUCUGCUGGUGUAUUACAAUGCUCAGGCGACCGUGCCCCACAGGUGGAGCAGAGCUGUGCUCUUCCCUGCUGCCCACCGGCCGAAAAGGCCCUCAUCCAUCCUGCUGAACCCAGUCUUGCAGACUUCCCUGGAGGAAGUAGAACUGCUCUAUGAGUUCCUCCUUGCUGAACUCGAGAUCAGCCCAGACCUGGAGAUCUCCAUUAAGGACGAGGAGCUCUCCUCCUUGCGGAAGGCCUCUGACUUCCGCACCAUCUGCAAUGACGUGAUCCCCAAAAGCAUCCCAGAUAUCCGCCGGCUGAGCGCCAGCCUCUCCAGCUACCCUGGCAUCCUCAAGAAGGAAGACUUUGAAAGGACAGCGCUGACCCUGGCCUACACAGCCUACCGCACGGCCCUGGCCCAAGGGCAUCAGAAGGACGUCUGGGCCGAGGCCUUGCUUAGCCUAUUCCAGGUCCUGAGGCACGACCUGAUGCGGUCCUCGGGCCCCAAAGGGUCACUCUGA